CUUAAAGGAGACAUGGGGCCAACUGGAGUUCAAGGAACUCCCGGAGAAAUCGGAGGACGAGGCCAACCCGGUGUGAAAGGAGACAAAGGAGAACUUGGUGCUCAAGGUAUCAACGGUAGUGUCGGUCCAUUGGGGCCAGUUGGACGAAAUGGCGCUGUGGGAGUUAAUUAAAGGACAACCUGGUAAUACUGGAAACAAGGGGGAGAAAGGAAUGACUGGAUCACAAGGCCCCCCUGGACCAAAGGGCAGUACUACCUCAAGUGACUUCAUAAAGAUUGGAAUCUUAAGCAAUCCAGCAACAUCAUGCGGUGCACUAUACGCUAGCAAUUAUCAGUCUGACAACUAUUGGAUAACAGGGGCUAACAACCAGCCAGUGAAUGUGUACUGUAAUAUGGAGAGAUCGUGUUGCAGUAAUGGAGCGAGAGGCUGGAUGAAGGUGGCUGAUGUUGACAUGACUGACUCUAACCAACAGUGCCCAAAUGGAUUCAAACUGAAUAGCAGGACAACAGCACCACUGCGUACGUGUGGUAGACCUGACAGAGGAUGUGUGUCAACAACAUUUCCAGUAAAUGGAGUUCAAUACUCUCGUGUGUGUGGGAGAAUUGUUGCAUAUCAAGUUGGCUCACCUAGCGCAUUUGGUUUUAUUACGACUAACAAUCCCAUCAAUGGCAUUAUUCUCACCCACGGGGAGUCCUCUAGACAGCAUAUUUGGUCUUUUGUGAAUGGAGCAAGGGAAACUUACGGCAGUUCAGAAAGAUGUCCCUGUAGCGGCGGCUCCAGGACUGCACCAUCAUUCAUUGGACAGGACUACUUCUGUGACUCAGCUGUUAGAGGUAGCAAUGUAACUGAUGGUGUGUUGUACCCUGGCGAUCCACUCUGGGACGGUCAAGGAUGUGGGAGUACCAGUACUUGCUGUGCGUUCAACAACCCACCGUGGUUCUGCAAGCAACUACCUCAGCCGACAACAGAUGAUAUUGAGUUGAGGCUUUGUGAAAACAGUCCACCAAGUAAUGAUGACUCACCUUUUGAGAUUGUAGAAAUAUAUGUACGAAUAGACAAAUUUUUGUGGUAUAAAUACCUAUGUCCCAUGUAUACGUGUGUAUACGUGUACUACAGUAGGCCAAGCAAACCUAAGCUGUUUGUAUUUCAAGCCAUCACUUUUGCAGUGCUUUUCACCAUUCUUGGCAGCUUGACCUUCACUGUCUGGAAUCAAGGGAGAGAAAUCCAAACUCUGCGUAAAGAAGUUCAGACUUUGAAACUCAACACAGAAGAAGUUUCUAUCUCCUCUAUCAUUGGAUCACUCAAUCGAGACAGAAGAGAUACUUCCCAGAGUUCUAUAGAUAUUCUAGCUAAUGCACUGACCGAGGUUAUCGACAAGAAGCUCUACUCUAUUAUAGAUUGCAACAGAAACGAGAACAAUGGGACGGACUGCACACUUAAACCAGGACCAAAGGGUGAAAAGGGGAACAACGGUGAACAAGGCAAAGAAGGAUCUCAAGGGAUCCACGGAGACCCAGGUGUGACAGGCAUUAAAGGACAGCUCGGUUACCCUGGAUACAAAGGAGAAAUAGGGCCUCAGGGUUCUGAAGGCAGAAGAGGCCCUAAAGGAGACAUUGGAGCAGGACUUAAAGGAGACAUUGGUCCAAUUGGAAUUCCCGGAGAAAUGGGAGGACGAGGUCAACCCGGUGUGAAAGGAGACAAAGGAGAACUUGGUGCUCAAGGUAUCAACGGUAGUGUUGGUCCAGUUGGACAAAAUGGCACUGUGGGAGCUAAAGGACAACUUGGUAAUCCUGGAAACAAGGGGGAGAAGGGAACAAGAGGCCCUCCAGGACCAAAAGGCCAACCA